CUCCCUCGUCGUUGUCGGCGGUGACGGUGGUACAGAUGGGUGCGACUCUCCUCAGCUAAGCCGGCCACCGAUCCAGCAGCCCCGGCGCUCAUCCAAUGCAGCUGACCGCGGUUGGAUAGCGCACAUCCCGCGAAUGACACUUGGCGAUCACAGCUGGCACCAUGCUCCCACGUAACAUACGCACAGGUGGUUAUAACCUGCCGGGGGUGGAAUCAGACAAUGUGCCUCUCAUUGGCUACCGACCCUUAUCACCUGACAGAGAAACCCUGAGUGGCCAAUCAGGGAGUUCGGAGGCAGAGCCCUCACCGAUGAAGACUACCUGGUACUGUCCUCUGGAUUUGUCCACUGUGGUGGAGGAAGAGGAGGAUGGGGUGAUCUACACAGUUACUGUCAAACAGCACCACGGUGGACCCAACAGUCCCAUGUCUAGAGUUUCUCGCUCCCAGUGUGUGAAAGCCGGCAAAGAGGAGAAGCUGGUCCUCCACCUCCUCCACUCUUUUUCUAUGGGAGACUCCUCCUUCAUCACCAUCUUCCUCUCCACCUAUCGAUCCUUCACCACCACGGAGAGAGUGCUGGACAUCCUCACUGACAGGUUGGAGAACCCACCCGGGGACAGCGAGAGGAGUCAGACACGGCAGGUUUUUAACAAAGCCGUGUGUACAGUGUUCAGCACGUGGCUGUCAGAGUAUCCUGAAGAUUUUAAGAGUCUGGGGGACCCCUCUCGCCUGCUGCGCCUGGCUCCCCUCCUCCCUCAGGACUCCUCAUCCGCUGCCGACCUCCGCGCUCGCAUCCUGAGGAUAGCCGAGGAGCUCAGCGAGAAAGCCCUGCUCCCAGACACCCACAAAGAUCAAACCAGUAUCACCAGCCCUCCUCCGGACACCUCCGAGUUUGAGCCAACCAGCAUCCUGGGAUUCCCUGCAGCGCUCAUCGCCGAGCAGCUCACCAUGAUCGAGACGGAACUGUUCGUCCGCCUGGUCCCGUACCACUGUCUCGGCUCGCUGUGGUCUCAGAGGGACAAGAAGGGGAGGGAAGGAGUUUGUUGGUCGGUCCGUGCCACCGUGCGUCAGUUCAACAAGUUGGCCAAUGCAGUCUUAGCAUCCUGCCUCUGGCCUACAAAACUGCGCAGCCAGCAGAGAGCCCGCCUGCUGGAGAAAUGGAUCAGCGUGGCAGAGGCGUGUCGAGCCAGGAAGAACUUCUCCUCGCUGUACGCCAUUGUGUCUGCCCUCAAGAGUAACCCCCUCCACCGGCUGAGGAAGACGUGGCACGACACUGACAGAGAGGCCUUGAGGAAAUAUGAGGAACUGUCAGAAAUCUUCUCAGACAAGGACAACUACUCACAGACCAGAGAACUGCUGAAGGAGGAGGGCACGUCAAAGUUUGCCAGCCUGGACAACAGGCUCAACAACAGAUAUCUUAACAAGUCCAACGCACAGGGCACCGUGCCCUACCUGGGAAUCUUCCUCACAGACCUCACCAUGCUGGACACGGCGGUCAAAGACAGGCUGGAUAACGGCUACAUCAACUUCGACAAAAGGAGAAGAGAAUUUGAGGUUUUAGCUCAAAUACGGCUCCUGCAGUCUUCCUGCAAAAACUGUGUUUUCACUGCUGACGAGGCCUUCGUGCGGUGGUAUAACAGCGUGCCUACGCUGAGGGAAGAGGAAAGUUACAGACUGUCCAAUGAAAUCGAAGCGCCCGGCGAUCCGAGCCCUCGCGGCCAUGCCCCCGCUGUCGUUAUCACGCAGUGCCCAGAUCUAAGCACCUCCCACACCAGCCUGGCCGGUGACAGCGACAGCUUCUUUGACUUCCAUUCACCUGUCAACAACCUGCUGUCAAAGCUCACAAAGCAUAUGAGGUCUCCGUCUGUGUCCUGUCUGGAUGUCGACACGUCCCCGCCUACCAAUGAAUCCGCCCCCGCCACGCUGACUCCAACCACUCCCCCAAAAUCACACCGCCGAUCAGCCUCCUGUGGCAACAAUCCCCCCGGUAACAUCCAAGGCUCGGGGCCGGACAUGCGGAUCGUCAGGAUACGGAUGGACCUGGAGGACGGAAACCUGUAUCGAAGUAUACUGGUUACGAGCAAUGACAAGACCCCCACUGUGAUCAGCUCUGCCUUAGAAAAGCACAAUCAAGACCCCAAACAGGCGUCCAGAUAUGAGCUGAUACAACUUCUGCCUGAAGGAAAAGAACUGAUCAUCCCGCCUACAGGAAACGUCUUCUACGCCAUGACAUCAUCAAGCGUUGAUUUCCUGCUAAGAAGGAAAGGCGGGAACUCCCCAUUUGGCUUGCAGCCGAUCAACACGGAGACGAGCGCCACUUUUCCUCGAAUCAAGGCCAAAGGGAGGAAACUGGUCAGGAACCUGUUCUGACAUCAGAUUUUGGUCUGCUUCGCCUACAGACGUGGAUUCCUCUGACAGGCCCAGCGUGGAUGCAGACUGAGCUCUCACACAGUAAAUGUGGCCUUCUCUGUGCAACAUAAAACCUACACAUGCCUUUCUGCUGCGCUCCUACCAAGUCCACCAAACACCAAGAAGUCUGCUUGUGUUUCAGUCAGCGUCUCCACACGGGAGCGCAGAUGUUUCAGACCUCCAGCUGCUGUGUUCGGCACAGCGAUUUGCACUUUUCCAAACAUGCAUUACUAAUUUACACCCAGAGGAAGAGCAGUGGAAGCCUUCAGCUGUACCUUCGGUGCUGGCUCUCGAGUCCCUGUCGGGUAGCACUCGAUGCUUUUUUCACUACAACUCACUGAAAAAAAAAGAGUUUUAAAUGCUAAAAAUCACCAAGAAAUCCCUCGUCGUCUCGUGCCUCAUCUGUGACUGACACUCCCGAAUGUAAAAAAGACUGAAGUGCUCAGAACGUGCUUCUGUGAUCACCCGAGAUGCUGCCGAAGGAUUUAAUGAGAGCUGACUUCACAGAACCUGUCGAGACAGCACAAUUGCAUCAUUGUAGCAAAACACUGGAGCUCUUCAAAUAACACAAAUAUAUGAUUUGUAUAUAUUUAUAUAUUUUGUACGUCUGUAUGAUGUCAGCGUUGUGUGACAGGUCCACGUGUGGCGAGUAUUUCACCAAGAAAAACCCUCAAAAAUCCUGCAAACCCAGGCUGGCACGUCCGCAGACAGGGACGAGUAUUUCAGCUUUUACUCAUUUCACCGUAAACUUAAAGCUGCAAUAAUCAAUACUUUAUAAUCACACUGAAACAAACACACUCUAUUGUAAAUUGUUUCGAUGAACAGCGAGCAGAUUAUUAACAGCUCCGCAGCUGUUUUUUAGUUGCUUUUAGUUUUGGUUUUACAGCAUCACCUUCUCACCAUCACGUUUGAGCAGCAGCAGCUCUGAUUGGUCAUCUUUUUACUCCACUCAAAUGAACCUGCAGCUGUGAGCCGACAGGUGAGGCCAGAUAUUCUUCUCAGGAGCUGCUGGAGACCAAAGUAACCCUCAAAGACGACUGAGGAGGACUCGUUUCACCAAGUGGACAAAAUACAUUUGCUAAUAAUUUUUUUUUUUUAGUGUCAUCAGCUGGAUGUGAGUGCAGGCGGCAGCACUGCUGCGUUACAGGGUGAUCACUCGGCCUGCUUUGAGUUCCUCUUAAAACCGCGCUGAUGAAAACUGAUUAUUGCAGCUUUGAACUUUAAGCACUUUUCAAACACAGUUUUGCUUCAUCUUAUUAUUAUAGAAAGAAAGCAGAAAGGAAAAUGAGAGGGAAACACUGCCAUCGUUAAGUUCAAGGUUUUUCAGGUCUGAAUUUUUAAGCUUGUCCAUCUUCACUGCAGUUUACACAGACCGCAAAGCCUCAAUUCCAGCGCCAUGGCUUCAGUUAACGUCAGUGUGUUUUCUCACACUCACACACACACACACACGGCUCUUUGAAACAAAUCCCGUGACCUCUGGCCGUCCCUGCUCGGUGCUGGUGAGGCCCGUCUACGGGCCGAGGCGUGAGCACGGCGCGGCCAGGGAGAGGAUUCUGGGUAUUAAUAAAAGAUGUGCGAGUGUAACGCCAUGCUACAGAUUGUUUUAGUGCCUUUCUCUGCUGGGUGCUCUUUUUCCUCAUGUUUGCAUUAGAAUGUAUACAGUCCACAUGGAGGAACUGCAGACAUGCUGUGUGGUUCCACAUCAAAGCUAUUUAUGCACUACAUACAGUAUGUCCUAUUUUUGUGGUAAUAAAUUUACUUUUCUAUGAAUUUUAAUUACUUUUGGCUGAUGCUCAGUACAUGCAGAUGUUUCAGAGUAUCCCAUAAAAAAAAACUAACUUUGUUGUGACUUGUCAAAAAUAAA